AUGCAACGUUCAACUGAACCGAAACACGUUGGCGCGGCUGACUGCCUUUCCUUCAAGACGCACGAGAUAGCUAGCUCUGGAGGAGGGGCGAAUAGCCAUGCCAGUAGCAUAUCAGCAUCUACCUCUCCCGUCAAUGAUUUUGAUGGAGGACCGGAUAGACUUAGUACUGUCCCCAUGAGCCUCAUUGAUAGUAGUGUCAAGGAUGCACGGACGCCCAUUGCCAUCAUCGGUAUGAGCUGCCGUUUUCCGGGUGAUGCUACAAGCCCUGAGAAACUCUGGGAGCUCUGCUCAGAGGCUCGGGAUGCUUGGUCCGAAUUUCCUGCGGAUAGGUUUAAUGCGAGCGCGUUCUAUCAUCCGAAUAUAGAUAGAAACGGUGUCAUGAACACCCGGGGUGGCUAUUUUCUUAAGCAAGAUCUCUCUCGUUUCGAUGCUCAGUUCUUCAACGUUAGUCCAAACGAGGCGAAGGCAAUGGAUCCUCAGCAGAGGAUGCAGCUAGAGUGCGCCUAUGAAGCUCUGGAAAAUGCCGGAAUCCCCUUAGGAAAUCUCAGUGGAAGCAACACGUCGGUCUUUACAGCAUCAUUUACCAAAGACUACACCGAAAUGCUAGAGCGUGAUCCGGAGAGGGGUCCACUAUAUCAAGCCCUCGGGAAUGCCCAAUCAAUCAUGGCCAAUCGCAUAUCGUAUUUCUUCAACCUUAAUGGCCCAAGCAUCGCUGUUGAUACUGCCUGCUCUGCAAGCCUAGUUGCGGUGCACCUGGCGUGUCAAAGCCUACGCUGCGGAGAGUCGAAGCAAGCAAUUGUUGGAGGCGCCAACUUGAUAUUCAGCCCUGAUAUGAUGAUAAAGAUGACUCCGAUGAGAUUCUUUUCACCGGAUGGCAAGUGUUACACCUUUGAUCACCGUGCAACUGGUUAUGCCCGUGGAGAGGGUGUGGCCUGUAUUGUCUUGAAACCCCUGAACGACGCCAUUCGUGACGGCGACCCAAUCCGGGCUGUGAUUAGAGAGAGCGGGGUGAAUCAAGACGGAAGGACGUCCGGUAUCACACUGCCAAGUGGCGAGGCGCAAGAACGUCUUAUUAAGUCGACAUAUCUUCGAGCUGGUCUCGAUCCUCUUGACACAGGUUACGUUGAAGGGCAUGGUACGGGAACACCAGCUGGGGAUCCGAUCGAGGCAGCGGCGAUCGCAAAUACGCUUGGGCUUGGAAGACCGGCGGACAAGCCUCUCCGGAUAGGCUCCAUCAAGACCAAUGUUGGUCAUCUGGAGGGUGCGAGCGGUCUUGCUGGCAUAAUCAAAGCUGUCAUGAUGCUUGAGAAAGGUCUCAUCCCGCCUAGCUUGAAUUUCGAGCGGGCUAACUUGCGUAUCCCGCUCGAGGAAUGGAACCUGACGGUACCACUGCAUCUGGAGCCCUGGCCAUCCGCUGGCCCUCGUCGGGUAUCCGUCAAUAGUUUUGGAUUCGGUGGCACUAAUGCGCACGCGAUCUUGGAGGACUCUUACCACUAUUUGUCCUCGCGCGGCUGGAAAGGAUCCCAUCGUACGGCUCCACCGCUGGUAGCUGCUGCUCAGGACGCAUCGAUAUGCGGAGGAGACGAUCGAGGACGAGUCUUCGUCCUGACUUCAAACGACCAGCAAUGCUGCGAGUUGCUCAUUAGAAACUUGACAGACUAUCUUCAGGAAAAAAUGGUCGCCCAACCAAGCAACUGGUUGAUCGACCUUGCGUACACUCUUGGCCAACGCCGCUCUGUCUUGCCAUGGAAAGUAGCGGUUCCAGCAAAUUCACCAGCCGACUUGCUCAAGACUCUCCAAGGGCAAAUCAAGCCUAGCAGAACUUCGAAAGUUCCCAGGCUCGGUUUUGUCUUCACGGGCCAAGGGGCGCAGUGGUACGCGAUGGGCCGGGAGUUGAUCGAUGCGUAUCCCAUCUUUAAAUCCGCUUUGGUCGCCGCUCAAAGUCACCUGGAAAUCCUCGGGGCGACUUGGUCCAUCUUUGAUGAACUGAGCCGGGAUGCACAAAGUACACGUGUGAAUAUUGCCUCCAUAAGUCAACCGCUGUCGACCGCGAUCCAAAUAGCGCUGGUGGACCUACUUGCCUCAUGGGGUGUUAAACCUAUCGCAGUAGUGGGCCACUCAAGUGGUGAAGCUGCGGCUGCCUACGCCGCAAAUGCCUUAACCAUGGAAUCAGCUAUAUCGAUAUCCUACUUUAGAGGACUUCUCACCAUGACUAUGGCGGAGAAGUCCACACAGCUUCAAGGCGCAAUGAUGGCUGUUGGCUUGUCGCAAGAGCAUGCUGAGACCCAUAUAUCCACUAUAACUUCUGGUCGGAUCGUUGUCGCUUGUAUCAACAGCCCCCUUAGUGUCACGGUCUCUGGAGAUGCUGCUGCUGUUGAUGAGCUGCACAAAAUGCUGGAAUGCGAAGGAAUCUUCGCUCGGAAGCUCAAAAUUGACACGGCUUAUCAUUCGCACCAUAUGCAAAGCAUCGAAAACGACUACCUCCUGGCAUUGAGAGAAUUGAGCACCAACUCCUCCACGGUUAUCGGUUAUUGGAGCUCAGUGACCGGCAACCUUGCCGAAUCAACGGAGCUGGACGCGCCUUAUUGGGUGAGGCACAUGGUCUCGCCCGUGCGCUUUUCAGAGUCUCUGCGUAAUUUAUGCCUCGAGCCUGGAAGAGAUCCCCAGUACCGUCUUGACGCCUCGGGAGUCGCGGUUGACUUACUGGUUGAGAUUGGCCCACACUCUGCGCUCGCUGGACCUAUUAAACAAACCCUGGCCACUUCGGAGUUGCGGGGCGCUGGGAUUGCUUAUGCACCGACGCUGGUUCGAAAUACAGAUGCAGUACGCGCAGCGCUGCAAUUAGUCUGCACUUUGUUUGCGAGUGGAUAUCCGGUCGAUCUAGAUGCAGUCAACUUUCCCAAUGGCGCCGAGUCUCGGCAGGUCAUCGUCGACUUGCCUCCAUAUCCGUGGAACCACAUGGCUAGUCACUGGCACGAAUCUCGCCUGAGCUUGAAUUAUCGCUUUAGACAGCAUCCUCGUCACGAUCUUCUUGGCGCUCCCGUCCCCGACUUCAACGAUCUGGAGCCUAAGUGGCGAAACAUCAUUCGCGUCUCCGACAUCCCCUGGGUGAAGGACCACAAAAUACAGUCGAGCAUUCUAUAUCCGGCAGCAGGUUUUGUCGCUAUGGCUAUCGAAGCUGCUCUCCAAUGUAAAGGCCUACAGGGCGAACUAGUCACUGGGUAUAGGCUGCGAGAUGUCAGGUUUAGCAAAGCGCUUGUUAUCCCAGAGACUGCUGAGGGCAUUGAAACAAGCUUCACCCUGCGGCCAUCUACCGACAAUAAUCUCAGCUCCUUAGAGACGUGGCAGGAGUUUCGCGUCUUCUCACACAAUGGACAGGAAGGGUGGAGUGAGCAUUGCCGAGGCUUCAUUUUGACUGAGAUCGCCUCACAGCCCACAGAAGUCGAUGGGGGUCGACAGGCGGAGGAGGCAGAGACUUCGAGUCAGCUGAGAUUCGCAAAUGCUGUGUCACUUUGUACAGAGAGCGUCGAUAUCGGGAACGUCUACGAAUCGCUCGAGUCCGCAGGGGUCCAGUUCGGAGAUACGUUUCGAAAUUUCGUCAACAUCCGACAAGGUCCUCACCAAGCUCUCUGUACCGUGUCAAUUCCUGACACGAGCGCCGUCAUGCCUCACCGCUUUGAAUAUCCCCACGUGGUGCAUCCUGCAACUCUCGAUGCAGUUUUUCAAGCUAUCUUCCCCGCAUUGACACGAGGGAAUGCUCAGCUGCAGGAUCCCGUGUUGCCAACAUUCAUUGGGGAGCUCUUCAUCUCCCGAGAUAUCAACAACUCUCCUGGACACAGAUUCCUCGUGCAUGCGUCUGCAUCUCGCAAUGGCGCUCGCGAAGUCAAGGCUACGAUUGGUGUCGUGGAUGCCUCGGAGCUGAAUUCGAAGCCCGUUAUUGAGAUAAAGGGCUUGACCUGCGUAUUUCUUAGAAAUACCAACCCUGUCGACCAGGAGGAAGCUAGAAGACUCUGCUUCAAGCUAUGUUGGGAGCCGGACGUCGACUCAAUCAAGCGCGAGACCGCUAAGAGGCUGUGGGGCGCAGAACAAGAUCCAACUGAUUCGGCCACCAUCUCCAAUCUUGAACUCGCGUCUGUUUACUACAUGCAAGAUGCCUUGGAAGUCCUCACGGAUGCGGAUUACCAGAGUAUGGAGGCACAUCAUCAGCUCUACUACAAUUGGAUGAAAUACCAGUGCAAGCUGGCGACUGAGGGAGGGCUCAAGCACGUAACUGCGCUUGGCUUAGCAGCUGGGCUCGAACAGAGAAAAGAGACCUUGAGUGUGGCACAGGCUUCAAGUGUCGACGGUCAGCUGCUCUGUCGAGUAGGUGGAAGCCUGGCUCGGAUCCUGAGGAGAGAAAUCCAGCCUCUGGAAUUGAUGCUCGAGGAUGACCUUCUCCACGAGUUUUAUGGUAAAGCCAUCGGUGCAGACCGCUACUCUAUCCAAGUAGCCAGCUACGUCGACAAGCUAGCCCACAAGCGGCCGAACAUGAGUAUUCUAGAGAUAGGGGCGGGCACAGGGGGUGGCACACUGCCAGUCCUACAAACACUUGGAGGUUAUAGUGGCAAAAGCGCCCGCUUCAUCCAUUACGACUUUACUGACAUCUCCAGCGGAUUUUUUGAAAAGGCCCAGGAAAAGUUCGCCGACUGGGGGGGCUUGAUCAGCUUCAAAAAGCUCAAUAUUGAGUGUGAUCCUGUCACCCAAGGUUUCGAGAACGGCAAAUACGACUUGGUUAUCGCCGCCAAUGUUCUGCACGCAACGCGGAAUAUGGACAACACAAUGAAGAAUGUCCGGAAGCUGCUUAAGCCAAACGGAAAGAUUAUCCUCCUUGAGAUUACUCACGUCCUGCUACGUGCGUCGGUGGUAUUUGGGACCCUGCCAGGUUGGUGGUUAGGUACAGAAGAGUGCCGAAAGAUGGGCCCUACUCUGUCUGAAGAUAGUUGGGGGACUUUGCUUCAGCGACAAGGCUUCACUGGUCUGGAUGUUUGCGUAUGGGACUAUCCUAGCGAGCAGGAUCAUCUGACGAGCCUGAUAGCGUCAACAGCCACUGAUGGCCACGAGCCGAGAUACCCCGCAGCUCUAAUAGUUCACGAUGGAUCGCCGGUGGGAGUGUCUCUCGAUGCUCUCAGGGCAUCCCUUGAAAGCUUAACCGGGGAGUGUAUUGCCGUUUCCUCAUUGGAAGAUGCUCAGGGAGAUGGCAAAGUCUGCAUUUUUCUGGGCGAGCUGCAUACGCCGCUGUUGAGGCAACCUCAACCCGACCAAUUUGACCACAUCAAGGGUAUCUUCUCAACAGCCAGAGGUGUAUUGUGGCUGUCUCGUGGUGGUACUGUUCUCUGCGAGACACCAGCCGUCAGUCUUAUCACCGGACUGGCACGUGCGCUGAGGUGUGAGAGCCAAGCUUCGAAGUUUGUCACUCUUGAUCUUGAUGCCCAGAGACAGCUAGAUGAGCAAGGAGCUGCGCAGGUCAUUCUUGACGUCUUCAGAUCAGCAUUCGAUCUCAACGCCGAGGAGCAGAUUUGUGACGUUGAGUUUGCUGAGAGGGAUGGGGCCAUCUUCAUUCCCCGUGUCCUGGAGGAUAUCUCUAUGAACAAGUCUGUCAUGGCCGCUACUAGGCAGUUAAGCGCUGAAAUCCAACCUUUCCAACAACCGAACCGUUUUCUCCGCUUGGAGAUCGAAAAACCCGGCCUCUUGGAUACGCUCAGGUUUGUGGAUAAUCCAACAAUGGCUCCUCCAUUGCCAGACGAUGAGGUGGAGAUUGAGAUACGAGCGUGCGGUCUCAACUUUCACGAUAUCAUGAUCUCCAUGGGCCAGAUUACAGAAGAGCCUUUAGGCUGCGAGUGCAGCGGCGUCCUCACUCGGCUUGGAAAGAACGUCGCAGGCUUCAUCGUGGGUGAUCGAGUGUGUGCUUGGGCAGGUGGUGCAUUUAGCAACUCUCUCCGCACCGCUGGAGCCGUCGUCCAGCGAAUACCUGAUGAUAUGACGUUUGAGGAGGCUGCAUCGAUACCCGUUGCGUACUGUACAGCCUACAUCUCGUUGUAUGACACCGCCGGUCUCCAGAGAGGGGAGUCGGUCUUGAUCCACAGUGCUGCAGGAGGUGUUGGCCAAGCUGCCAUUGCGCUCUCUCGCUUGAUCGGCGCUGAGAUAUUUGUCACUGUGGGCACGGCGAACAAGAAGAAGUUCCUCAUGGAACAAUACGGUAUUCCUGGCGACCAUAUCUUCUCGAGUCGAGACACCUCCUUCGCCGCCGGGAUCAUGAGGAUGACCCACAACAGGGGCGUCGACGUUAUUUUAAACUCCCUGGCUGGCGAGGCCCUUCGACAAACAUGGCACUGCGUGGCCAUGUUUGGUAGGUUCGUUGAAAUCGGUAAGCGUGAUAUGAUUGCAAACAGUCGCCUGGAAAUGGCGCCGUUUAUGCGCCAUGUGACGUUUGCCUCGAUUGAUUUGGAGGCCAUCUUCUACCACAGGAUGUCUCACGGAGCCAAGACCUUGUCUGAAAUCAUGAAAAUGUUCCGGGGAAAGGUGCUGAGCCCAAUCACGCCAAUCACUGUAUUCUCCAUGUCGGAAAUUGAGGCUGCUUUCCGUCUGAUGCAAUCGGGGAAGCAUACCGGGAAGAUAGUCGUGAUACCAAAGGCAGAGGAUCAAGUCAAGGUUAUACCACGAGCUGUAGUCCAGCCAUAUUUCCGAGACGAUGCUUCCUACCUGCUCGUGGGUGGACUGGGUGGUCUCGGGAGAGCGAUUGCUCGUUGGAUGAUGCAGCACGGCGCGAAGAACAUCAUAUUUCUCUCUCGCAGUGGUCUGGAUAAAGAGAGCGCGAGGCAGAUUGUGAGGGACCUCGAGGAAGGAGGGGUGAACGUCGCAACCUAUAACUGCGAUGUCAGUAGUGAAGCACAGUUGGCGAAAGCUUUGGAGGAAAUCGCCAGGCGAAUGCCUGCAAUCCGUGGCGUUAUACAGUGCGCCAUGGUUUUGAAGGAUACCCUGUAUGAGAAGAUGGGAGUCGAAGACUACGAGCGAGUUCUUCGUCCCAAAGUCCAAGGUUCCUGGAAUCUCCACGAACAACUUUCCAAGUCGGAGCUCGAUUUUUUUGUGAUGCUUGCCUCUGCCGUCAGCGUAUCGGGCAACCCUGGCCAAAGCAACUAUGCGGCGGCAUCCUCCUUCCAAGAUGCCCUUUCACAUUACCGGACCGCACAAGGGCUUCCUGCAGUUACUCUGGACCUUGGCGUCAUCGUAGGGGCGGGGUUCGUGUCCGAGAAUGAAGGGGCUCGGACAAGCCUAAAGAGGCAAGGCUAUGCCGACAUCCACGUGGAGGAACUAAUGGCCAUACUGCAAUCUGCAAUCACUCGAUCUGGCGGAGAUCAGGCUUGUCAGAUCGUCACCGGACUGUAUACGCGCGAAAUACUAGAUUCGAAGCUUGGCCAGACCGCGCCCACUGGUGAUAUCCCUUUCUGGUUUCGAGAUCCCAAAUUCUCUCAUCUCCUCCCCAGGUCGGCCACGCUGCUGGGCGAACCCACUGAUACAGCCGUAAGCGUUCGCCAUUCCCUGGAGAGAGCCAAAACUACCUCCGAGGCGUCACAGAUCGUAUGCGAGGCGAUCAUAGCUAAGCUGUCCAAAUCUCUCAUGAUACCAAGGGACGAUAUCAACUCAGACCGUCCAAUAGCAGCAUAUGGUGUGGACUCACUCGUCGCAGUCGAGCUUCGCAACUGGAUGUUGCGCGAGAUGAAGGCGGAUGUGCCGUUGUUCGAGAUCCUUGGAAACGCUUCCCUCCUCGUACUAUCGCGCAGGGUUGCAUUGAAGUCCCAGUUGCUCAGUGCGAUUAUAUUAGAAGGCGAAGGCAUCGAAGCCAUUGAAGGCAUCCAGUUCAACCCAGGUCGUGUUGGCCACUCGGAAAACCUAGUGGAGGAGUCUCGGGCGCAGAAGAUGCGAGCACUGGUUGAAAAAUAUUCGAUGGAUCUGCCAGUCGCUCGGCAUUCACCUGUGCAGGAUGAUACAUGGAGCGUCAUUCUAACCGGAUCUACUGGAUCCCUGGGCUCUCAUCUACUAGAAUCCUUGCUCGCGCAUCCCAAGGUGGGUAAGGUCAUAUGCCUCAAUCGAUCUGUUUGUAGUCACCAACGGCAGGUCGACAUCAACACGGGGCGUGGAUUGACCACCAACCUCGCUGCCGACCGCGUAGAAUUUUACCAGGUCAACCUGGGUGAGCGUGAGCUGGGACUGACAGCAAAUGAGUACGGAUUGCUGCUGUCGUCCGCAACGCACAUUAUUCAUAACGCGUGGCAAGUCGACUUCGUAUCAUCGAUUGAGUCUUUCGAUGUUCAUAUCCGUGGCGUGCGGCACUUAAUUGAUCUUAGCGUCGCGUCUAAGAAGGCAGCAAACUUCUACUUCAUCUCUAGCGCUUCCACUGUCACCAAUUGGCUUGAAAAUCAUACUGGCAAGGUCCCCGAGGAAAUCAUCUAUGACUACAGUGCCGCUACCCCCCUUGGAUAUUGUGAGUCAAAGCACGUUGCAGAGCGCCUGCUGGAUCUCGCAAGUGCGAGAUCCGCUGUCCCCGUAACUGUGAUCCGCGUUGGCCAAAUCGCUGGACCGACUCAGGAACAGGGCGUGUGGAACAAGCGAGAAUGGCUCCCGAGUUUAGUGUCCAGCUCCAAGUACCUUGGCUUGCUCCCCGAGACCCUUGGUGCCAUUGACACGGUGGAUUGGAUUCCCGUUGACGUUCUUUCGAAAAUCAUAGUCGAGUUGGUAGGAGCCUCUGAGACCAAGCCGCCUGUCAAACCGCGGGUUUACCAUGUCCUGAAUCCACGCAUCACAAGCUGGAAGACCCUUCUCCCAACCGUGCAGGCUCAUCUCAAUCGAGGGCAGACAAACAUCCAAAUUGUGCCCUUUACGGUAUGGAUAGACGCCCUGCAGGCCUCCGCAACAGAUCCGGCCCUCCGUGUCACAAGGAACCCGGCGCUCACUCUAGUAGAAUUUCACCAUAGGCAAAGCACGACGAGGUCGGGGAGUAUUGCACGACUAGACGUGCGGCAAGCUGUGGCUGCAAGCAAUAGUUUGGAAGCAUUAGAAGUAGUUGGGCCGCAGUGGAUGGCGAUCUGGAUGAAACAGUGGAAUUUUUAGCGCUUUACGGUUGGUGUGCAAAUCUAGUAUAGGCACAAGUGUUGUUGAUAUUUCAAUGGAUAUUCUUCGAUGGGUGAUGUAAUGGAAGAGGGUUUGCCGCGACCUGCAAGAUGUUGUUGGCGAGAUGCCUAAGGAUGCUACCGAAAGACUUGACCAGCUGCUGAUAUGUCAGAUCGCUGGCCGUGCGUCUGAUCACUUUGGUCAGGUUUAGGCUGGCGUUCGAAAGUCCCUGAGAGUUGACGGCUUCUGCCCCCAAGAUACAUGUGCCUUAUUAUCUAGCAGAGGAUACUUCAAUUUAGGGUAAAGAAUAAGUAUUCAGAAUAAUAGUGCCUGAAGAAAUGAUGGGUACUAUAUCAUCGCUAUCGAAGUCUUCUGAUAUUUCUAGUCAGCCACAAUGCAUGCGUUAACAC